AUGAGUGUGAAAGAAGAUAGUGGAGAUUUGGAAUUCGAACAGAGAGAACUGGAGUCCAUCAGAGUAAAGAUCAACGACAAAUGGCUGUUACUGAGUAAAGAGUUCGUGGCUGCUCAUCCUGGAGGAUCGGUCAUCAACCAAUAUAAGUGAGUGUUGCUAAAUCCCCUUUUUUUACCACGCCCUUCUCUACAAUAGGUAUUCUUCCCCCCCCAUUCAUCAAAAGGGAUGAAAAGUACCUCUUUCAUUAUGUAAAAGCCAGACACUUUUUUAAAUUUAUGUUACACUUAACACGUUUUCAAAAACACAUUUUAAAGUUAGAGAUUGAGUUGUAAGUAGCUCUUAUCAGUAAUUGUAAAAGCCAAUUUCGAAUUCUGAUAAAAAUCCCUUUCAUAUAACAGACGAUACCAAGGGAACAUAUAUGAUAAAUGAGCGGGAAUUGAUAAAGUAUUACAAUUUCAUCAAAACUAAUUACAAAUGGCGAUCAAAGUGCGCCGUUGCAAGAACAAUGUUGUAAUAGCCUUUCGAAUAUAGUGUAGCCGGCGGAAAUGCACCCACAUUACAUUGAUCAUGUAGUAGCUAGAUUUUAAUUCUGCUGACAUUUAAAAACAUAUUCCACAUUAUAAUUUUAACAAAUGGUCAAAAAGUUUGUAGAACAUGCUUUUAUCGAUAAAAUUAAACUUCCAAACGUGGUUCUACCUAGUUUUGAACAAAAUCAAACACAAACUAUGACAAAAGUUAUUUGAUUUCAGAGAUGCCGAUGCCACUCAAAUCUUUCACGCUUUCCAUGAAGGCUCGUCCCAAGCCUACAAACAGCUGAAUGUUGUGGAGAAGACCAAUCAAAUUCAGUAUCCAGGAGAAGAUCCAACUCUCAAGGGCUCGAUUCAGCCAUCAGAAAUCAACGUUGGAGCCUACGAAUACACAAUUGAGGAGGUGAGAUUAGAAUUCGUAUUUUAAAUCAAAUAGACCUAGGUAAGGCUGGCCAGUCUUUGGCUUUGUGGCCCGGCUCAUUUAGAGUUUGGCAAUGGACGACAUAGUCUUCUAGCCAGCCUUAACAAGAACCAGGCGUUCUCAGCAUCCUUUUUGACUAAUAUAGAGAAAUCUUGACAUUUUUAUGAUAAUAUAAGCUUAAACGUUUAUUUAUAGAACAAUAUAUGUAAGUUAAUAUGCAACGUUUCAGGAGAAAACGAUUGUCAGAAACUUUGAAAAACUACGGAGACAGAUCGACGCUGAAGGCCUAAUGGACGAACGUCCAAUGUACUACUACAGAAAAGUGGCCGAAGCUGCAUUCUUUAUCUCAAUGUCAUUUUAUUUGCAAUAUGUAGGAUGGUAAGUCAACAUUUUAUGGAUUUUUGUUCUAAUUUCAAUAUUUUAGCAUUUUUUAAAAUAAAAUAUUAUGAUUUUUGAAAUUUGUAAAACAUUUAAUACUUUUUAAAUUUCAUUUGUUAGCUAACCGCAUCCUGUUAACAAGGAAAGUACCCUACCUGCCCCGCUCAGAAUCAGCUCAAAAUUUUCAUAUGAAUUCUUUGUACUACCAAUAGUACCCAUUAAAAAUUUUAGCUCGCGCUUUUGAGUUUUAUAUUUAAAUUAUUUGAGUUUCCCGCCAAUUUGGCAAAUUUGGCAUUGUGUUUCAAGCGCUUUUUUCGGCUUUCCAGACAAGAUACGCUUACAAAUUUAAAAAAGUAGGUUCAUUUAAAGGUUUUCUACUAGUAUAUCAAAGAAAAAUUAUUAAAAGUCAAAAAAUGACAAAGUUACAAACUUAAAACACAAUGCCAAGUUCGCGGGAAAUUCAAAAUGUCAUUUUUUAAUCUCGAUUUUCUCGAGAUUUUCUGGAAAGCGCGAUUUAGUACUUUUCUGAAGAUCUUAUAUUUACAUGAUCUUUCUUUAUAAAAAGUUUGAAGUCAAUCAGAGCGGGGCAGGUCGGGCACUUUCCUUGUAAGUUUACUUGAAAUACCACUAUCAUCUUCUCUUAGGUACUUAUGUUCCGCUCUGUUCAUGGCCAUCGUAUGGCAACAACUCGGCUGGUUGACCCACGAGUUUUGUCAUCACCAACCCUUCAAGAACCGUCGACUGAACGAUGCCGGAGCCAUCUUCUUGGGUAACUUUGUCCAAGGCUUCUCUCGAGACUGGUGGAAGGACAAACACAACACUCACCAUGCUGCUACCAACAUUAUCGACCAAGACGGCGACAUCGACUUGGCCCCAUUGGUCGCUAUGGUACCAGACGACUUGAAGAAGUACAAGCAGCCAGUCGAACAGUUCUUCUUGAAGUUCAUCCCCUACCAACACCUCUACUUCACCUUCAUGUUGCCAUUGUUGAGGGUAUCGUGGACUUCCCAGAGUCUGAUCCAUGUAUUCGCUGCUCCAGGCUCUCAGUACAAGAAGGACCAGCAGAAUGCCACUAUUGAGCAAUUGAGUUUGAUGGGACAUUGGGCGUGGGUAUUCCUCCAGUUGUACUUGCUACCUUCAAAUGGCAUUAGAUUGAUGUACUUUUUAGUCAGUCAGAUCUUGUCCGGUCUUAUGAUAGCUGUCGUCGUUACCUACAACCACAACUCGGUCGAAAAGUUCCCGGAACACUCUCGGCUGUUGAACAACUUUGCCUGUCUCCAUAUUCUAACGACCAGAAACAUGCACCCCUCCCCGUUGAUCGACUGGUUCUGGGGUGGACUGAACUACCAGAUCGAGCACCACCUCUUCCCAACCAUGCCUCGACCCAACCUGACCAGAUGUUCUCAACUGGUCAAACAGUUCUGCAAGGAAAACAAACUACCGUAUUUGGUGGAUGACUACCUGACCGGCUACAUGGCUUCGCUACGGUUGUUGGAGAACGUGUCUGUGAUGGCGAACAAAGAGCACAGUUCUUAA